AUGAUGUUGACCUUAUUGAUUUCCGGUCCUAAACAGCCCGGAAAUGAUAUAGACGUCUACUUGGAGCCUUUGAUUGAUGAUUUAAAAUCUUUGUGGGAUGGGAUUGGAGGAGUGUAUGAUGCACAUAAUGGAGAAUCCUUUACACUCAGAGCUGCAUUAAUGUGGACAAUUAAUUAUUUCCCCGCCUAUGGAAACUUAUCUGGUUGUGUUGUUAAAAUAUAUAAAGCUUGUCCAAUAUGCGGCGAUGAUACACCUAGUCACAGGUUGAAAAAUGGCCACAAAAUUUGUUACAUUGGGCAUAGAAAAUGGUUACCAAUCAAUCAUCCAUAUAGGAGGCAACGUGCAGCUUUUAAUGGGAAACCUGAAUAUGGCACGCCUCCCGAGCCAUUAACCGGAGAAGAAGUGUUGCAUAUGGUUGAAGAUGGUGACAGAGUUUGUUGGAAGAAGAAAUCAAUAUUCUUUGAUCUCGAGUAUUGGAAAUACCUUCCUGUGAGGCAUGUCCUAGAUGUUAUGCACAUUGAGAAGAAUGUUUGCGAUAGUAUCAUUGGUACAUUGCUGGAGAUCCCUGGAAAAAAUAAAGAUGGGAUUGCUGCUCGAUUAGAUUUAUUGAACAUGGGGGUCAAAACUGAUUUGCAACCCGAGUAUGGAGAAAGACGUACUCGUUUGCCUCCCGGGCCUUGGAAUUUGUCAAGAGCAGAGAAGAGAGAGGUUUGCAAUUCUUUCUAUGGUAUGAAGGUCCCUGAAGGUUAUUCUUCAAAUAUAAAAAAUCUUGUAUCUUUACAAGAUUUAAGACUUCUUGGUCUUAAAUCACAUGAUUGUCAUACCUUAAUGCAACAAUUGCUCCAUGUGGCAAUUCGUUCUGUUUUGGAGAAGCCUGCAAGAUAUAUGAAAGUCCUAAAGGGGUAUGUUCAGAAUCGUACUCGUCCCGAAGGUUGCAUUGCUGAGCGGUAUAUAGCUGAAGAAGCUGUAGAGUUUUGUACCGAGCAUUUAUCUGAUGUUAGUACAGUUGGAGUGCCUUCAAGCCAAAAGAUGGGAGUUUCAAAGCCAUUAUCAGGUUGCACAGUGAGCGUAGUUGAUCGGGACCUGUUGAACCAAGCACAUCUAUAUGUCUUGGAGAAUACGGAGGAAGUCCUACCUUAUAUCGAGCAACAUAUGAUCCACAUCAAGACCGCUUAUCCAAAAUUUAGAAAGAGAACAAAGUGGCUGCAGGAUAAGCACAAUAGCACUUUCAUUCAAUGGCUACGCUUCAAGGCACAAGAUGAUGUGCGGACAACUCAAAAUAGUGGAGUUUAUUUACUUGCACAUACUUUGCAAGUUGCUAGUGCCAAGGAUAAAAACCCAAUUCUCUCAAAUAUGGGUUUCUAUGGUGUCAUUCAAGAAAUUUGGGACCUUGACUACCAAAAGUUUACAAUCCCAGUCUUUAGGUGUGAUUGGAUAGAUAAUACUUCUGGUCUUGUAGUGGACGAACUUGGAUUUACCCUUGUAGAUUUGAGUAAAAUUGGACAUAGGAAUGACCAAUUUGUUUUGGCUUCUCAAGUCAAACAAGUAUUUUUUGUUGACGACCCGAUGCAUCGUGGUUGGUCGGUAGUGUUAUCAAUGCCUAAUAGAGAAUAUAAUGAUGUUAUUGGUGAUGAUGUCUUAGGUGAUGUGAGAAUUGAGUGUGAGCCAUUUACUAGAGGGAUGCCAAAUGUUGACACAUUUGAUGAAGUGGUGGUUGAGUUAGGGAGUCAAAAUAUUCGAGAUGGGUGUGAAGAUAUAUGGGGUUGA